AUGAGGGCUAUAUUUGCGGGUUCCAACAAUGUACCAUUCAAGACCUUGCUUGCAAGUGCUAUGGAAGCGCCGAUCGGACUCAAAGAAGAUGUUGGGGACCUCUUCUUGGAGCCCGUGUCGAAAAGUGCUCAGGAAAAGCUCAUUUCGCCGUUGAACCCUGAGGUGGCGGAGACGCAGGAGGAUCCGACUGAGUUUCCGGCUUCUUUGAUUGAGCCACAGCCGCCGGCACCAAACGAAUUGAUGAUUGACCAAGCCGCACAGGUACUGAGAGAGAAUUGGGAAGCGGAUGAGACCCAUGAGAACACUUCGGCGCCGCAGACUCAGGAGGAGGACUCCGAGACCUCUGAGACGCCCUCAACCGUCGCCAAAAGCGCGACGGCCCCGACCGCAGCCUCUGAGGCGACACCGACCCCUGCUUCCGUUGUCUCCGGGACGGCCGCCCAGACGGCCGGCGAGACAGCUCCUGAGGCGGCCGCUGAUGGACAGCAGGUUGAGCCGCGGGCCGUGCUGCCGGCACAGGCGGCAGUAUCGCGACACAUCGGCGGCGCUCGGACAUUGAUGGACCGGUUUGUGAGCGCGUAUGAGGACUACGAACAGAUGCGGCAGAAGGAUAUGUCGCCGACGGAGCGUGAGUUGUACGAAGUGUUGCACCGGGAACGCGUCUACCGCCUUACGGAGAAGUUUAUGCGGAUGCUUGACAACGCCCGUCAACUCGGCUUCGAGGACAGCGAAGACCGCAAACUCACCGGCGUCCGUAAGUGGCUUCACAUUGUCCUCGGCAUCGCCGUCGAUCUCGCCACCCUUAUGGUCGGAUACGUCUGCUUCGGUCUGCUCCUCAAGUCCCUAAGCGCCAUCGUCAACUACCUCGUAAUGCGUCGACGCAGAGCACAAAACGCAGCAGCCAACUGA